GAGCGCCGAGAGCGACGCCCGAGUCUGCCGAAACCGAGGCGAAAUAUUUAGGUGAAAGUGUUUCGAAUUUCGACAUGACAACAUUUAUGCGCAGUAGUUAUCGCGAUUUUGCCCAAUCUGGUACUACCGAGAGCGCAUGCGGUCGAUACGAAAACUCUAUCUUAACUCGCAAUAUCUUAGUGUGCUCUUCCACAGGACCCUGAGAGCCUCCAAACCUGAGGUGUGGUAAAGCAUGCUGAGCGCAGGUGUUUUGAAAUAUCGAAGACGUAAUUUUAAUGGUGUUUGGUGAAUUUACGUGGAACUUUGUGUGAUGUGCGUUUUCUGGCGCUAAGCAAGCUGUCGGACGGUGAAAACCUUUCAGAGGCGUUAGACGCCUCCUCACACGCGUCUCAACUGCAGACGAUGACCUCCACCAUGGGAAUAAUGACACUCAGCCGCGGCCCGUGUGACCUCGACAACAUGAGUCUGUUCCAAGACCUCAAACUAAAGAGGCGGAAAGUUGACUCCAGGUGCAGCAGUGAUGGCGAGUCAGCAGCGGACACCAGUACGUCAUCUCCGGAUCCCGGCCCACCUUCGCCGCGUAUGGCUGAGGCUGGCUGCAGCAGUCCGCCGCAUCCGCCGCCCGUGUUUGACGGCGGCGGCUCGCCAUCACCAUCUCCAGCCUGCCAUCCUACUGUCAUCCGCUCUGCGCCUCCUAACUCAGUCAUCAAGUUCGAGGGAGCCCCUCCGAACAUAAAGCGAGAAAGUUCACCAGCUGCAAAACAUGACUCUCCGUCACCCGUCUCAUCGGUUAAGAUGGAGGUGCCACCACCUGAGCAGCCCCAGCCUUAUAGGCCAAGAUCUCUUGCUCCACCACCGCCAAACCAUCCUUCCCUAUCACCAAACCACUGGCCUCCAGCGGCGUGCAUAAACGGUGUAAAACCAGAACUGAUAGGAGGACAUUUCCCACCGCAGCCAGUUGAACAAAAAUCUGGUGCCAGGAAUACUGCACAAUGGAGAGGUGCACCUGCCGUUAUUAUGGGUGAAUCUGGAGGAGUUCGAACUAUGUUCUGGACUUUACCAGCACCCACAUCUGCAGGAGAACCAGGUGCAAGUGCAUCACAUACGCCAACACCACCAGCGUCUGAUCCAAACACCUGUACCGAAGAAUCAGCAGCACGACUUUUACUUAACUUGGGUGGAGAAUUGAGGCGGACGCAAGGGCCACGGCUAAACAUGGAGUUAUUAUGGGCUGGUGACGUAUCACAACUGCCUGCUCAUCAUCAGAUGCAUGCGCUCAACCUUAGUGCUGCAGCCGGCGGUGUCUCCAACGUUCCAAGCUUACCAAGUGCGAGCUCUCUAGCAGCACGUCCAGAACUGAGGACAUAUGCUCCGGAAACCGAGCGUGACGAAGACGAGCAACCCAUGAUCUGCAUGAUAUGUGAAGAUAAGGCUACCGGACUCCAUUAUGGAAUAAUAACAUGUGAAGGCUGUAAGGGUUUCUUUAAGAGAACUGUACAAAAUCGACGGGUGUAUACUUGUGUGGCAGAUGGCGGCUGCGAAAUAACAAAGGCGCAAAGGAAUCGAUGCCAGUACUGUCGAUUUAAAAAAUGUAUUGAACAAGGCAUGGUAUUACAAGCUGUCCGAGAAGACCGUAUGCCAGGGGGCAGAAAUAGUGGGGCUGUGUACAACUUAUACAAAGUCAAAUACAAAAAACAUAAGAAGGCCAACGCAAAGGCGGCAUCAGCUACAAGUAGAGCAUCACCUCCUGACAAGCCUAAGGACCCCUUACCGCCUCUCCCACCGCAUCUCGUCAAUGGGACCAUACUAAAGACUGCAUUAACGAACCCUAGUGAGGUGGUUCAUUUGAGAGCAAGACUGGAAAGUGCUGUUUCAUCGUCCAGAGAUCGUGCAAUUCCAUUAGACAGAGCUUUGCACAUGAUCAGAGCACUAAUCGACUGUGACGCGAUGGAGGAUAUCGCAACCGUACGCCAUUUACCUGAUCUCCUCCAUGACACGUCCGAAAUCGGUGAUAAAUUAUGCAGGAUUGGUGAUUCUAUAGUCCACAAAAUGGUUGCAUGGACGAAGAAGUUACCAUUCAUCAUGGAGAUACCAAUGGAAAUACAUUCAAAGCUGCUAAUGGAGAAAUGGCAUGAGAUCUCAGUACUGACUACAGCUGCAUAUCAGGCAAUGCAUGGAAAGCUGGCUCAUGCACCACCUUCUUCGGAUAAUGAACACGAUUUUAUGCAGGAAGUGAAUGCGAACUUAAGAACGCUUCAGAACUGUUUGACGUCGCUGAUGGGGAGACCCAUCACUCUGGACCAGCUUCGACUGGACGUCGGGCUGGUGGUUGAGAAGAUGACGCAAAUAACCUGUGUGUUCAGGCGCAUACAACUUCGCAUGGAGGAAUACGUGUGCCUCAAAGUCUACAUACUUCUUAAUCAAGAAGUGGAACUAGAGGGCAUCCAAGACCGAUAUGUGCAAGUUCUCAGAAGCUAUUUGGAACACGCAGCGCCACAUCAUCCUGGAAGACUGCAGGAGCUAUUCGCGCGGAUACCCGAGAUCCAAGCGGCCGCAAACCUGUUACUUGAGAGCAAGAUGUUCUACGUACCAUUCGUGCUGAACUCUGCUGAGAUCAGAUAGUAUAUGGCCGACCAGGGUCUGUAGUUCUCGAUGUACGAGCGACAGACUUCGAGCUCGCGGACACGCCGCGCGCUCUUGUUAUAAAGCCGUUCCGAGCGGUCCACCACCUGUGUUCAUCACCGGCUAGGAUAAGCGCUCGCCAUGUUCCUACUCAUCAUCGGCCAUCAUCAUCGCAAUGAGAGUCGCGUCUCCCGCCUACCAUUCCCGUCGCGAUGAUCUAAUCACUUCACCAAUGACGGUUCAUCAAUUCAUAAAGUUAAUUUUCGUGUGAUUUUAGUGCGAGCAUCGAGUGCGGUACGAUUCACGUAAUGAGUAAACGUGUGUAUUGGUAUAAUAUUUAGAAGUGGAAUUAAAACGUCCCAAAUUACAGACUGAUUUAAAGUUAAUUGCUAUUUUAUAGGUACCAGGGACUUGAUGCGUGUUUUAUACGUGGUAGUGUAAACUACAUAGUGUUAAAUAGUUUAUUAAAUGCAUAUAAUAUAAAUAAAAUUUACGUUGAUAUUUUAAUUUGUCUAUCGAAGAAUCGCAUAAUAUAUUAUUCUUGUAAAUAUAGUAAAUAAGCAACUUUUUUAUAUAAUAGCUGUUAGGUUUUAAGUCAUUGUUUUAGAAUGUUGUUUCUUGUAAAAUAAUUAUUAAUAUCGCUGUUUUAGUUUGCAUUUUAUAUCGUCUAGGGUUCAACCAGUAGAUUAAUUUUUACUGGGUGUGUAUUAUUGGAAAAGUAAAUUAAUUUUAUAUGACUUGUUCGUAAUGUUAAUCGUAGCACUAAGUACAUAUUCUCAGUGUUUACCAAGACUGCUUCUUUACAAUUCUACUGUUUAUACUUACUUGUAACUUAUGAUUAUUAUGUGGAGGCGCAUUAUCGCGGUUGAGUCUGGUAUGGUCACAAUUAAUGCAUUUCUACUGCCAAUAGUUCGAUAAUUGUGUGUAUUAGACUAAGCCAGCGUACAAAUUAUAACUUGAAGCAUCUAUACAAUGGGCAAGAUGACAGUGUAAUGAAUCGAAGAAAAAAUGGAUUUAAGAAAAAAAAAAUAUUAUGAUAAAAAAGAUUAAAAAAAAUUACUCAGUCUUGAGUUUUGAAGACGUCACGCCUCAAUUAUCGUCACUAUGCCGUUUGAAAUUUACAAUUCGGCUGUUAUAAGAAUUAUAUCGCGUUAUAGUGAAUUUUUGAGCUGUCAUGUUAUAAUCGGCGGCCAUGACACCUACCCGCGUUUUCGCGCAUAAUUCAAAGAAUAUGCGUAAAAAUACAUUCAUUUCCAUAACAUAUUAUUUUAUUUGCUGAAUUAAAGUUUUUUUCGGAAAAAUAAUAAAACAGUCAUCUGCCUAUUCUUAAUAUGUUAUCAUCAACGAUUUUAGCUUCCUUCUUUGUGUUCUAUUGUACUAUGGUCAAAUUAGUAGCGUCUUAAAAAUUAAAUUCUCAAUUUGGAAUUGGACUUAAUUUCUUUUAUAACUAGACUGCGUGGUUUGAUUUGUGUUUUUCAUUACAAAUUAAAUAAACAUAGCACAAAGAUUGAUGGAAUAUUAUACUUGUUUUCAAUACUUACUAAACAUGAAACAUAUGUUGUUAUUCUGUGGCAUGUUCAAUUAUUAUUGAAGGCUGACAGCUGUCAAUUUGAUUUAAUGACUGAAUGACAAAACAUAGGUACUCUUUGUAUGGUUACAGAAUAACUCUUUUGCUUGUAUGUUGCAUCUAAAGUCUCUCUAGUCUCUACUUUUUUUCUAGCAACACAUUUUAACCUUCUAGUACCUAAGUAUUGUAAUUUGUGUCAUUUAAAUUUCAGGAUAUUAUUUUUAUUCGCCAGGUGUACACAUUAUGGCCAAAUGACGAACACUAAAUUAUAGUAAUUAGUUUGAUCAAUUGUUUUCUUAACUAGUUAAUUCGUCAAUUAAGAAGACUUCUAAGAUAUUUGAAUGCCGCAAUAGUUUACUUCGGCAUAUUCUUAAAAUGCCAUAAAAAAUGAAAUGAGUAUCAAUGAACUACAAUGCGAGAUAAUUAUGCAAAAAUAGUGCGCUUACCAAUAUGUUAACACGAAAAAUUUAUGACAUUUUAUUAAUAAUAGCUAUACGUAUUUCUAACACUGUCAAUAAACAAUGCCUAUUUAAAAUAACGUGCCGUUAAUUUUUAAUUAACUUAUAAUAAAUAAUAAUAUUAUAGAUAUAUUGAAUUGUAAUAUUUGUUCCAGCAACGGUGAACUGUUACCAAUUAGUGUAAGAAUGAAUGGGCGAUGUUCUACAGCGCCACUUUUAAAAUAAGUAAUUGCAACCAAAAAGUUCGUUGUAAGGACUUAUAGGUUCUAAGUUAAAAAUUAUUUCACCUUUGUGCUCUCAGAAUAACUUAAAAAAUUAACUGCACUAAGGCAACAAUAUUUCGACAAAUUACAUCUUAUUUAUCAUUCAAUCACGAAUGAAAAUCAGAUCAUUCAUUAAUUCUAUUCAUUUAGCACUAACGUUAGGAACGUACCAAGCCAUUUCAUAAAAUAGCAAUCACGUUACUAAUCCAUUUCGUUAUUCAGUCAAUCAACUUUAAUAUUAUUAAUAAUUUACACAAUUUUAAUUAAGAUAUAACAGGCGACAGUUAUUAAAGCUUAUACCAAUCCUUUACAAUCAGAAUAGUAGCAUCUGUCGUAAAUGCACGUACAGUAAAUACAGUUAAAUCAGUGCAUUUCUUGCUAAAGACUGAAUACUCACACUUUGUAUUUCAAUUACGUUAAACGUGCAUCAGUGUAAGUUCGGAUAUAGGGUAAGCCCGGAUAAAUCAAACUUCAUAACUUUAUUGGUGGCAACGUCGCACGAAACAUCACUUAAUUCUGCCCUCGUUUUUGUUCCCCGCGUCUAUCGAUGCAUUGCACUGUGUAUGGUGUGACACAAAAAACAACUGCAUUAUCUUGACUUACCCUAUAUCCGAACUUUUACCCUGAUGCACUUUAAGUUUUUGCCCCACAUACAUUAAAUAUGUUUUUAUUAAUAAGAAAAAAAUUGUGUAGAAUGUGAAAUUAAAUAAUAAAACAAUAUAUACCACAACAUCCGAUUUAGGUUAUAAUCUGAUUUUGUAUAUAAUAUCUGUACACAAACAUCUUUCACUAUCUGAGUUCGAGAUACUGAGUUAACACAGAAGAACUUUCCUUUUGUGUCAUUGUUGGAUAUUGUUAGUUGAAAAUAUGUAUAAAUCAAUCUUAAUUAUAAUACAUAGAUUCUUGUUACCUGAAUGAGUGAAUCACGCCGGUUCCUCAUUGUGUUACCAUUAGUUAAGUAUUAACUAUUAGUUAACUUUAUAUGUAUUUUACAGAUAAGGUAUACAACCAGUUACAGCACUGCCAUUAUAUGUUUGCUUGUUUUCUUUUAACAUACUUAUCUGAUGUUUACGAAAUCCUAAUAACGCAUAGAUUUAAUAAAGUCUUAAAAUCAAAACUAGACAACCAUGUUCAAUUUUACGGUAAGUACAUCUUUGAAUCUGUCUUAAGUCGUUUAUUAAAAUAAAUUAUUAUCUAAUACGAAUUCGCAUAAUUCGUUUAAAAAUGUUCUUAUAUCAUGGUGCUCUAUGGUUUUGCUACAAUUCCUGAAACUUUUAAAAUUAAUUAAUUGUUAUUAUUGAUUUUACCGCGCAAAUUGAUUUAUUAGUUACAAACACCUUAUAAUCGUUUUGGUGUUGAAUCUAAAGUCUGAGGUUAGGAUGCCUUUAUAGAUAUAAAUGUAUCAAUGAAUAGAACAAGAACACCGUUCGUCUACAUAAACGAUAUUGUAAGUAUAUUUUCAUAGUAAAAUAGUUUAUUAAAUUAGCCGCGAUGUAUCAACUGACAUCUUGACGUAAUAUAAGAACAAAAUAUUGGCGUUGUACAAAUGAUAGUCUUGUUAGAUAGUAGAGUAAAGAAUUGGCGCAUUACUGGCGGGUACCUAAUUAGCGUAGGACAUGAAAAGCCUAUGGAGGCUAUUAAAUAAUAAGUAUGUAACUAAAUGAAAAUUGUAAAUUAUCCCUUUGUUUUACUUUGCUCUUGUGUUUUCCAUCAAACCCUACGUUUUGGCAUUAUUCCAUUGAUUUAUCGCUGUUAAAUAUAUAACAAAAUUUGAUAUUAAUAAUGUAGGUAAUCGUCGCGUUCUAAACAACUUGAGUUGUAUUUUAAUUGUUAUAAUAGUCUCUAUAUAAAUGUUGAAUACUUAACAGUCCACGUAUGCAGAUCGUAUACUUUGACAGCUAACCGAAAUGGCGAGUAGCUUUACAGUAGUGCAUUUUUAUAAACAAUUUUCGAAGAUUUUAUUGUUCAGUUCAUAUACAUGUAGAAACUUUCACAAAAAUAAUUUGACUGAUAAAAACUAUGAUUAAUCUUAAAAUAACUAAAACGUUAAUGUAUUUGUUAGUGUGAACUUGAAUAGUUUUCACACUUACACCCGUAAGACGAUAAAUAGCUGUAUCUAAGAUAUUAGGUGAGUAAGUUAAUUGUUGUGUAUUAAAUAGCGUUUGUUAUGAGAACACCUGUGGGAGCUGGAUGAUACAAAACGCUAUUAAUGUAGAUAAUACUUAUAUAAAACGUAAAACCAUAAAAUGUCUAAUAUAAUAUUUGAAAAUGUUGAUAAGUGUUGUUGUAAUCACAUGUCACAGAUAACUUGCUCUUGGUACAUGUUAAAAAGAUCGCAAUAAAGUCUCUUUGUAUCAUUAUUUCGUAUAACAUUAAGACUAUAUUCCGGACUUAUUAACAAUACAUAAAAUGUAUUCAUAAUUUUAACUUUACCAUAAUAUUAUACAUUGAUUAUUCUACAUGAUGUAAUCGAUGUUUUAUUAUUAUCAUAUUCGUGUUCGUAUGUUUUUACAAACACGUUCGCUUAUUGUCACGUUGAAAAUAAACAUUAAGGAAACCUAAUUACAAUUAAAAUAUAGAUACCACGCAGUCUCACAUCAAGUGCCUGAAUAAAAAGAUUUUGUAUAAGCAAGUAUACACUCGCUACCAACCACGAGAUGGCAAGGAAUCAUUAUAUUAUAAGGAGGAGUUCACAGUGAAACUUAGAAUUGCAGGGCCCAAUAGACAUCUUUUAAUAACGUCAUAAUUAAUCAUUAUUUAUGUAUUAAUUAUGACGUUAUGCAAGUUAAAGCCGCGUUAUGAAAAUUUUCAACAAACAAAUUUCUAAGGGCGCGGCAAAUAUUCAACCAAUCAGCAGACAGACACUGAGUAGAAAGAAAUGGAUUAUUAGUUCCUGAAUAAAUAAUAAAGAAUAUUAGUUCCUGCAAUGAACUUUCAUCACUGUGAACGUAAAGGUUGCGAUGCACGUGUUUACUUACACACAUAAUAUUAAUAGUUUCAUUUUGCUACUCGUGAUUUUAGAGUUGGGUUCGCUCAAUCACAAGACUUAUCGCUUCAGAUAUAGAUUACUCUUAAGUAUUAUGAUACAGUAGGAUUCAUUGUAGUAUCACAAAGUUGCUGAAGCAAAUCCUCUAUGGAAAAGGCUGUUGUUGAAAAUUGACCAAGUUAAGAUAAAACGACUGUUAGUAAAUAUUGAUGAUUUGAUGUAUUGGAUACUGUCUGCCUGUGGUGCGCCGGGUAAUGUAUAGUCAAUGAAAGCUGAACUGGUUUGCCAAGAGAAGUUACCUACAGUUGUGUUAACUUAGCAAUGCAUAACGUGUUUGUACUUUAAUUUGUUUUUUUAGUUGUACUCUUGGAAAUCAAUGGUUAAUAACUUAAGAAAAUAAAACUGUAUGUGAAUUUCUAA